GUUAAUAUUUAGGAAUGAAGGUUCUAUCUCUUUUAAGGUUUUAGGUCUGUAUGUAGGAAAGAAAGCUAAGGUAAGUCUUUUGUUAGUAGAUGCCCAAUAAUUCUUGUCUCCUCAUGUGUAUUACUUACAUUUAUGCCAAUUGUUCUGCUAUAAAUCUUGUUGCGGCUGCUUACCAGCAUUUGAGUGGUCAAAUGUAGAGUCAAAAGUUGAUAGUCUAAGAACCACACCUUAUUCUUGCUGAACUCUUUUUUACACCUCAUUCUUGGAGAACUCUUUUUUACAGAGUUACAGGGACAAUCCAAUGGAAUGAUUAAAUAGAGAAAUGGAUUUUAUUUCAAUAACUUUCUUGGUAGACUGCAUGUUACACAUUGAACCAUUUUGGUGAGACGAGACAGGAUUGCUUGUGUAUCUAUAAGUAAUCUGUUUUGAAAAUGCAUGAAGUUUAGAAGCCAUUUGCAACAUUAAUGAUUUGAAAAGAUGAACCUUUUUACAGGAAAAAAAAAAAAUCUAUUCUUUUUAGUUGGCACCCUUUUGGAGGAUCUGAUUAGACAAUUUAGUAUUCACUGUGUAGCUUAUUUUGGGAGAGCCAAAAAGGAAAAAAGGACUAUAAUGUCUGCAGGGAGUAUCCAUUGCUUUAGUACUUUUUAACAUUUUUUAGUUACUGAUUCUGUAUUUUGAGCAUGUGGUCUUCUAAUUAGGUUUGUUAUUUCAAGGGAAGCAGACUUAGUCCCAGAGUUUCCAAAAUCAAUUUUGCUUGAUGUUACAGGUUAACUACCUUAUUUUGAGUGAAUGAAGAAUGAUUAAACUAUCUGGUAAGUUAUGAUAAUUUGGUGUGAUGAAGUGCAAUGUAAAUGCACAAUGCAGCAUCCUUUCUGUUUCGUGUGGGAGGGAUGCAUUGUGCAUUAUGCCUUAUGCAUCAUAACCUUUAUUUUCUCUCUUCAUGUAUUCUAGCAGCUGUGUUUAAGAAAAUUAAUUUAUACUU